UAUCCAUGGACCUAACCCUAGUUUUCAUAUUGGUACUUGACAAUCAAUGUUUGUUUUUGAUGCAUUUAAUCCAUGAUUUCAAACAAUUUUCCUUGCAGUCCACAAUAAAUCACUAGAAGAAUGACUACUCCGCCUGCGGCUUUAGUUAAUCGAAAUAAGAAACACUUUCUGGGGGUUCCAGCGCCUUUGGGAUAUGUAGCUGGAGUCGGCAGAGGAGCUACUGGGUUUACCACCCGAUCUGAUAUUGGUCCUGCUAGAGAUGCAAAUGAUGUUUCAGAUGAUCGACAUGCUCCUCCUGCCGCAAAGCGCACCAAGAAAAAGGAGGAGGAAGAAGAAAAAGAGGACGAGGAAGAUUUGAACGACUCGAAUUACGAUGAAUUCAGCGGAUAUGGAGGAUCUCUUUUCUCCAAAGAUCCCUAUGAUAAGGAUGAUGCUGAAGCGGAUGCAAUUUACGAAGCCAUCGAUAAACGAAUGGAUGAAAAACGUAAGGAAUAUCGAGAGAAACGUCUUAGGGAAGAGUUAGAAAAGUAUCGGCAAGAGAGGCCGAAGAUUCAACAGCAAUUUUCAGAUUUGAAAAGGGACUUGAUUCAGGUGUCCGAAGACGAAUGGCGUCAUAUUCCUGAAGUGGGCGAUGCAAGAAACAAAGACCAACGAAAUCCAAGACGAGAAAAAUUCACUCCUUUGCCUGAUAGUGUGUUAUCGCGAAAUUUAGGUGGCGAUGCCACAACCAGCAUUGAUCCCAGUUCAGGGUUGGCUAGUAUGGUUCCUGGAGCAGCAACCCCCGGAAUGUUGACGCCAACCGGAGACAUGGAUUUGAGGAAAAUUGGCCAAGCCAGAAAUACGCUCAUGAAUGUGAAACUAUCCCAGGUGUCUGACUCAGUAACAGGCCAAACAGUUGUUGACCCUAAAGGAUACUUGACUGACCUGCAGUCAAUGAUCCCUACAUACGGGGGCGACAUUAAUGAUAUAAAAAAAGCCCGUCUUCUACUGAAAAGCGUGAGGGAAACCAAUCCCAAUCAUCCACCGGCUUGGGUUGCCAGUGCCCGGUUGGAGGAAGUAACCGGGAAAGUACAAGCUGCAAGAAAUCUUAUAAUGAAAGGUUGCGAAGUGAAUCCGCAGAGUGAAGACCUUUGGCUUGAAGCGGCUAGAUUGAACCCACCGGAUACCUCAAAAGCUGUUAUAGCGCAAGCAGCAAGACACAUUCCCACAUCAGUACGAAUCUGGAUUAAAGCCGCCGACUUGGAAUCUGAGACCAAAGCCAAAAGAAGGGUUUUCCGUAAAGCUCUGGAACACAUUCCAAAUUCUGUGCGGCUUUGGAAGGCCGCAGUAGAACUGGAAAAUCCUGAAGAUGCAAGAAUUUUGCUCUCCAGAGCUGUUGAAUGUUGUCCGACAGCAGUAGAAUUGUGGCUCGCCUUGGCACGAUUGGAAACAUACGAAAAUGCAAGAAAAGUGUUGAACAAGGCCAGAGAAAACAUACCGACAGACAAGCAGAUUUGGACUACCGCCGCUAAACUGGAAGAAGCUAAUGGAAACCAUCAUAUGGUGGAAAAAAUUAUAGAGAGAGCAAUUUCAUCUCUAAGUUCAAACGGUGUGGAGAUUAAUCGCGAGCAGUGGUUUAAGGAAGCAAUAGAAAGCGAAAAUGGUGGCCAUAUUCAUUGCUGCAGGGCGAUAGUUAAAGCCAUUAUUGGGUAUGGCGUUGAACCGGAAGACCAGAAGCAUACUUGGAUGGAAGAUGCUGAAAAUUGUACUACUCAAGGGGCGUAUGAAUGUGCCAGGGCGGUAUACAAUAUCUCAUUAGCAGCAUUUCCAGGAAAGAAAUCAAUUUGGUUGCGCGCAGCUUAUUUAGAAAAGAACCACGGGACUAGGGAGAGCCUGGAAAGUCUGCUGCAGAGGGCCGUAGCGCAUUGCCCGAAAAGCGAAGUGCUUUGGCUUAUGGGCGCCAAAAGUAAGUGGUUAGCUGGCGACGUGCCGGCAGCCAGAGGCAUUUUAUCACUAGCUUUCCAAGCUAAUCCAAACAGUGAGGAAAUCUGGUUGGCGGCCGUUAAACUUGAGUCGGAAAACAAGGAGUAUGAACGAGCCAGGCGACUUUUGGCAAAAGCAAGAGGAUCUGCCCCAACACCGAGAGUCAUGAUGAAAAGUGCCAAACUUGAAUGGUCCUUAAACGACUUGGAUGCUGCCCUGACGCUGCUCGAUGAGGCAAUCAAAGUUUUUCCAGACUUUCCCAAACUUUGGAUGAUGUACGGGCAGAUAUACGAGCAAAAAAGCGACCUUACCAAGGCCUUUGAAGCGUAUAAUUCUGGGAUUAAAAAAGCGCCAAGUUCGAUUUCUUUAUGGUUGCUGCUGUCACGCCUGGAAGAAAAGCGAGGUUUGUUGAUUAAGGCGCGGUCAGUGCUAGAAAAAGCCAGAUUGAAAAACCCGAAAAACGACUAUUUAUGGAUGGAGGCGAUCAGAGUUGAGCUCCGCGCCGGUAUGAAGGAGAUAGCAAAUUCGAUGAUGGCAAAGGCCUUACAGGAAUGUCCCACCUCUGGCAUUUUAUGGGCUGAGAGCAUUUUUAUGGAACCCAGACCUCAGAGAAAGACAAAAUCGGUUGAUGCUCUUAAAAAAUGCGAACACGAUCCUCACGUGUUACUUGCAGUUAGUAAACUGUUUUGGUCCGAAAGGAAAGUCAGUAAGUGUAGAGAAUGGUUCCAAAGGGCUCUGAAGUUAGAUCCUGAUUUGGGUGAUGCAUGGGCCAAUUGGUACCGUUUCGAACAAUUACAUGGAACAAAGGAGAAACAACAGGAAGUAAAAGAGCGAUGUUUGGCCGCUGAACCGCACCAUGGAGAACUGUGGUGCAGCGUUUCGAAGAAUAUCAAAAAAGUCGGAUGGAACACCGAACAGAUUCUAGUGGCUGUCGCCAAAGAGGUUCCUAUACCGAUAUAACAAAGUAAUUUUAAUGAGGCUUAAAAAAUACAAGUUUAUAGUUGAUUGAAGUAAAUUGUCACGAAUUUCA